AUGAAUAAAUUUUAUAUUCAAAUUAUUUUAUUUCUUUUAAUCAUCUCCCUAUAUGUGAAUAAUGAAACCCUUGCAACUGAGACUGCUCCAAAAAAAGAUAAAAAAUCCAAAUCAAAAAAAGAUAAAAAACCCAAAUCAAAAAAAUAUUAUCCUACUUCAGAAGAAUUAUAUGAAAAAAACAAGCACCUAUUAUGUACCAAUCCUGAAGAAACUAUAAAAGUGGGCGAAUUUGUGAACAAAGCUGCAAUACAUUUAGAACAUCAUGCUAAAAGUAAAGAUGGUUAUAAAUUUGUUGGUGAUAAUCUUCAUUACUAUAUGUUUUUUUUUAAAAAAAAACAUCAAGGUCAUACAAUUGUUAAAAAAGUUGAAUAUAUAAUUUAUAAUUCGAAUAAGUAUAAUAAAAUAGUAAACAUGUUAUGGGGUCCCGAUUGUAACAAUUUUUUAUAUAAAUUCCCAGUUAAAAGAAAAAUUGCCCGUGUAUACAAUCCAAAUUUAGUAAUGAUACAACAACGUUACAAAAGUCGUCGUUUUGGGUGUCAGAAAUAUUUUUAUGCUUUAGCUGCAAAAUUUGAAAUAUCAGAAAACAAAACUAUGAUUGUCAUGGCUUCACCAAAUAUAAAUGAUCACAACAGUAAAAGUAAGAAACCCUUUGAAAACACAAUAAUAGAAGAUGCAAACUUAUUAAAAAUUGACAUUGAUUCUGAAAAGGAUAUUAAACAAGGAAAAUUAAAAAAAACAUUUGCUAACCUAAUUGGAUACAUUAUUGAAAAGCACGACGGCCAUGUUGAUAUCAUCUAUAUUGAAUCUAUUGGUCGCUAUGUUCCCAGUUUCCUAAAACGCAUGAUUAAAAAAGCUUUAAAUAGUUUUUCCCCUCAAAAAUAA